UUCUUGUGCCCUCAAGAUGUAAGCUUGCGUCUAAGUGAUACUCAUUAUUCACGUGUAUUGGUCAGCUCGUCUGUCAUUAGAGAAUCUUACUAUACGAGGACCUGGAAUACUUUGCGCAUCGACCCAACGCGACAUUGGGUAGUUCGUCUAUGUCGCCGGAUCUCUUUGAUCGCCAUGACCUAGAUCGUACAAGUUCGUCUAUUCUGAAUCGGGUUGGGUUCUCUUCGUAUUGGUUGGUCAGUUCGUCUACAAGCAUGAGCGCUCUACAAGUCUUACUGCAUAUCGUAGUCAUAAGCUACUCCAACUGUGCCCACAAUAUGGAAGAAGUCACGAACAUGAGUUUCAUCCACGCGAUCAUCCUCCCCAUUCACUUCUCCUUCACCAUAACCUUCUUCCCCACCAAGACACCAACAACCAAACAUCGCUUUCCAACUAAGCUCAUCUUUCUCGCCCUAACUCUUAUAUCAUCCGUUUUCCAAAUCCUGGCUUACACUUCUCUUACCAUACUCUCCACGACUAAACCAGCCCAACCAUCGUCGGCAACGUACAGAAGUCUGUUUCUGUUUAGUAUCAACAUCAGUCCGACGUUACUGACGGCCGCGCUAUCCGUGUAUCUCCCUUACGUGUGUGCGGCUACCGUGCAACCCGCUCGCCACACCACCAGCAACGCCAACGAGGAAGUCGGGAAGAGAAACACACGUCCCCGUAACAAUGCCACCACACACGGAUAUAGUCGUGUACUGGAGAGAGCAUUGCAGAUCACGUAUAGCUUAGUCAUGAUUCUCCAACUCAUCGGACUCUGCCUCAUCGCCACUAUUACCUCCUCGACAGACUCUCCACCAACAGCAAUUCAGAACAGUGGCACAGCGCUUCUGCGUGCUAGUCUCGCACUACACGCUCUCUGCAUCAUUGCAAUGAUAAGCGUUGUAGGGGGCACAUUCCGAAGCGCUUUCCUUCCAAACCGCCCUUCGUCAUCACAACUUGAGCACGACAAUAGUGGUGAAGAAAGAAAGAUGAAGACGAACCGACGAUCUGCCCUUGUUUUUCUUCUAGUGCUGUUAUUGACGACAUCCCUCCCCCUCCUCAUCCGCACAAUCUACAGAAGCAUAGAUCCGUACUCCGGUAUCGCGUUCACGGGAGAUGACGAAAUGCGUUAUUUCUACGGGCUAGAUGCAUCGAUGAUACUACUUGUCCACUUAGGCGUGACAAUGUCGAUGCCAGUGGUUAGGGCGUUCGUCAGCAAAGCGGUGCGCGAGGAAAAUGGCAACAAGGCUGUUGGGUAUGGUGAUAGUGAUGAAGAAGAGUGAGCGU